CCAACCAAACAAGCCCCUCCACCUCCCCCGACCGAACCCCAACUCAAGGAGGGCAAGGGUCAUCAUGGUCUCCGACGCCAGCAAGAAGAAGGCCGCCGCCGCAGCCAAAAGGGGAGCCAAGGCACCCGUCGCCCCUUCCUCUUCCUCCUCCAAGGGAGCAGCAGCAGCUGCUGCUGCAGCGCCGCCCAAGUCCAUCGAUGCCGUCGCCGCGCUCAACCUCUCCGAUCGCACCUGCACCGGCGUCCUCGCCUCCCACCCGCUCUCCAGAGACAUCCAUAUAGAGUCUCUUUCGUUAACGUUUCAUGGCCAUGACCUUAUUGUGGAUUCUGAGCUAGAGCUCAACAAUGGGAGGCGUUAUGGUUUACUUGGACUAAAUGGAUGUGGAAAAUCUACUCUUCUCACAGCAAUAGGUUGCAGGGAACUCCCUAUCCCUGACCACAUGGACAUAUACCAUCUCACCCGUGAGAUUGAGGCUUCAGACAUGUCCGCACUGCAAGCUGUUGUUAGUUGCAAUGAAGAAAGAGUGAAGUUGGAGAAGGAAGCUGAAAUUUUGGCUGCACAGGAUGACGAUGGUGGUGAUGCGUUGGAUCGUGUGUAUGAGCGUCUAGAAGCGAUUGAUGCAUCUACUGCUGAAAAGCGUGCUGCUGAGAUAUUAUUUGGUUUAGGUUUUAACAAGCAAAUGCAGGCAAAGAAAACUCGCGAUUUUUCUGGAGGUUGGCGUACGAGGAUUGCAUUGGCUAGAGCACUAUUCAUGAAUCCAACAAUCCUUUUGCUUGAUGAGCCCACAAACCAUCUUGAUCUUGAGGCAUGUGUCUGGCUGGAAGAGACGCUAAAGAAAUUUGAUCGCAUACUUGUGGUCAUAUCUCACUCCCAGGACUUUCUAAAUGGAGUGUGCACAAACAUCAUCCAUAUGCAGAACAAGAAGCUCAAGUUAAAUGAAAUGGGCACAUUCUCGUGCCGUUCGUUCAAAAAAAAGAAGCUCAAGUUAUACACUGGGAAUUAUGACCAGUACGUUCAGACCCGGUGCGAGCUUGAAGAGAAUCAGAUGAAGCAGUACAGAUGGGAGCAGGAGCAGAUUGCUUCAAUGAAGGAGUACAUUGCACGGUUCGGCCAUGGGUCUGCAAAGCUUGCACAUCAGGCUCAGAGCAAGGAGAAGACUCUAGCAAAGAUGGAGCGUGGUGGGCUCACGGAGAAGGUUGUUAGGGACAAGAUACUGGUUUUCCGCUUCACAAAUGUUGGCAAGCUUCCACCGCCGGUGCUGCAGUUUGUCGAGGUCACAUUUGGGUACACACCGGAUAAUCUUCUAUACAAGAAGCUUGACUUUGGUGUUGAUCUGGACUCUAGAAUCGCACUGGUUGGUCCCAAUGGAGCAGGGAAGAGCACCCUUUUGAAGCUGAUGACAGGUGAGCUGGCUCCAUUGGAUGGUAUGGUGAGGCGGCACAAUCACCUGCGUAUUGCGCAGUUCCAUCAGCAUCUGGCGGAGAAGCUGGACCUGGACAUGUCGUCCCGGCAGUACAUGAUGAAGGAAUACCCUGGGAACGAAGAAGAGAGGAUGAGAGCCGCAGUUGGCAAGUUCGGGUUGUCCGGGAAGGCUCAGGUGAUGCCGAUGAGGAAUCUAUCAGACGGGCAGAGGAGCCGUGUCAUCUUUGCGUGGCUGGCAUACAGGCAGCCACAACUGCUGCUGCUGGACGAGCCGACGAACCAUCUUGAUAUCGAGACCAUCGACUCCCUAGCAGAGGCGCUGAACGAGUGGGACGGCGGUCUGGUCCUGGUGAGCCAUGACUUCAGGCUGAUAAACCAGGUUGCUCAUGAGAUCUGGGUGUGUGAGAACCAGGCGGUGACAAGGUGGGAAGGCGAUAUCAUGGAUUUCAAGGAACACUUGAGGACCAAGGCUGGUCUAUCUGCCUGAUUAAUUAUUAUUGCAAGGAGAGGCCUAGCUUGGUUUCUUCUUUAUCGAUCUCUUGUGUACCACGGACGGCAGAGACCACCCAGUGCAGUUAUGAUGGAGUACGUAUCUAUCAGUGUGUAACAGAAACAGAUGAUGCAGUUACGAUAUGUAUACUCAUAUGUGCAGUGGUUUAUUCUACACCAAUAACUAGAUUGAACUGAAUUACUAUACAAAUUUUUAGCAGUUUAGUAA